UGUGGUCCUCUUACCUGUACCGGCGCGGUUCGCCCUCAGUGUCUAACCGCUCUUCACGCGCGAUCCAUCACGAGGCAAUCUUGCGACCGAAAAAAUAUCAUUUGAAAAAAGUUUGAAAAACCGGAAACGCGGUGGCUCCGAUAGCCGUCAACAGCAUGUUGGUGCCGCCGGAUAUGCUGGCGGCACAGUCCAAGAUGGUGUACCAACUCAACAAAUACUACACGGAAAAAGUGCAGGCGAGGAAGCUGCAAAUAAGCAAAACUAUACAGGAAGUGUGCAGGGUGGUGCAGGACGUGCUCAAGGAGGUGGAGGUGCAAGAACCGAGGUUCAUUUCGUCGCUGACGGACUACAACGGACGGUACGACGGACUGGAGGUGAUUUCACCGGUCGAGUUCGAAGUAGUGAUCUACUUGAACCAGAUGGGCGUCUUGAAUUUCGUGGAUGAUGGUACGUUGCCCGGAUGCGCGGUGUUGAAGCUAAGCGACGGCAGGAAGCGCUCGAUGAGUCUCUGGGUGGAGUUUAUAACAGCGUCUGGGUACCUGAGCGCUAGGAAAAUGCGCUCGAGGUUCCAGACUCUGGUAGCCCAAGCUUGUGAUAAGUGUUCGUAUAGAGACUCGGUUAAGAUGAUAGCGGACACCACGGAGGUUAAACUCAGGAUCAGGGAGCGGUUCAUCGUUCAAAUCACCCCGGCGUUCAAGUGUGCCGGCUUGUGGCCGCGUUCUGCAGCACACUGGCCUCUCCCCCAGAUACCCUGGCCCCACCCGAACCUCGUCGUCGAGGUGAAAACCGAGGGUUUCGACCUCCUCUCCAAAGAGUGCAUCGCGUUGCAAGGAAAACAAUCGGCUAUGGAGGGCGACGCUUGGGUGCUGUCGUUCUUGGAGGCGGAAAAUCGGCUCCUGCAAGGCGGUUGCAGGAAGCGGUGUCUCAGUAUUUUGAAGACUUUGCGGGAUAGACACCUGGAUCUACCGGGGAACCCGGUGACGAGCUACCACAUGAAGACGCUGUUGUUGUACGAGUGCGAGAAGCACCCACGGGAGAGCGAGUGGGAUGAGGCUUGCAUUGCGGACAGGAUCAACGGGAUUUUCCUCCAGCUGAUUUCGUGCUUGCAGUGCAAGAGGUGUCCGCACUAUUUCUUGCCGAAUUUAGAUCUUUUUAAGGGGAAGUCGCCGAGUGCGCUGGAAAAUGCGGCGAAGCAGGUCUGGAGGUUGACGAGGGAGAUGUUGACUAAUACUAGGUGUUUCGAAAAGUUGUAGUGUUGUGUGUGUUGGGACGAAGGCCGGGAAAGUGGCGCGAUUCUUUCAAACUGUGAUUUAAUGAUUAAGAGAACAAAAAUAUAUGCAGGAUGCCUGUUUACGAUUGUUAAGUACCUAAUGGUAUGUUUUUUGUACAUUCAAUUUAAUAAAAAAGUAACUUAUGAUGAGA